ACGUUACGUUUCCGACGAGCCGAAAAUGGCGGAGUACCUGGCAUCCAUUUUCGGCACAGAGAAAGACAAGGUCAAUUGUUCCUUCUAUUUUAAAAUUGGAGCUUGUAGACAUGGAGACCGCUGUUCGAGAUUGCACAACAAACCAACCUUCAGCCAGACCAUCUUGAUUCAAAACAUCUACCGAAAUCCCCAGAAUAGUGCACAGACUGCAGAUGCUUCUCGCUGCGCUGUCAGUGAUGUGGAAAUGCAGGAGCACUAUGAUGAGUUCUUCGAGGAGGUGUUCACGGAGAUGGAGGAGAAGUAUGGAGAGGUGGAGGAGAUGAAUGUGUGUGAUAACUUGGGUGACCACCUUGUCGGCAAUGUCUAUGUUAAGUUUCGUCGUGAGGAGGAUGCAGAGAAAGCAGUCAUGGACCUGAACAACCGCUGGUUUAAUGCUCAACCCAUCCAUGCAGAGCUCUCGCCGGUCACUGACUUCAGGGAAGCCUGCUGUCGUCAGUAUGAAAUGGGAGAGUGCACCAGAGGUGGUUUCUGCAACUUCAUGCACCUAAAGCCCAUAUCAAGAGAACUUCGUAGGGAAUUGUAUGGUCGCCGCAGGAAAAGCAGGCACCGCUCUCGCUCACGAUCCCGGGAACGACGCUCCCGCUCCAGGGAUCGACGGCGAGGGAAUGGAGGAGGCGGCGGAGGUGGUGGAGGUGGUGGAGGUGGCGGAGGUGGAGGAGGACGUGAAAGGAGGAGGUCGAGGGACCGGGAACGCUCUGGAAGAUUCUGAACAAAGUCAAAACUGUCCCGGUGUUCCCAUCAGUCCUUUUCCUGUUAACCCCAGCAGUGAUGACAGAAACAUUUUCUUUUUGGUGAAUUGUUGGAAGUUUUUUUGUUUUAUUCCCUUUUUUUAAAGACAAGCUUGUGUCGCUUUCUCAAUAAAAACAGAUUUGUAACUCUGCACUGGCAACACUUGCUUCAAAAGA